UUUCCCACCUCAGGCCUCUCCAGUCGUCAGUCUCCUACAUUCUUCUACACACCUCUCUCUCUCUCUCUCUCUCUCUCUCUCUCGCGACCUUCUCUUAUUAGAUUUAGAUCCAUCACUCGGCCCUGCUCUGCUCUGCAACAAUAACAGAAGCUCCUUCCCACGUUCAAUCCCUUUCGCGGUUAAUUUACAUCAGUAACCCCAAUUUUCACCAACUUAGCAAAUGGCUAGUUCUUCCACAGUAACUGAAUCUCUGGUUCACUCCCAUAAGCAAAUGAAGAGAACAGAAUCAAGAAAGUCUCAUUCAUGGUGGUGGGAUAGUUAUGUUAGUCCAAAAAACUCCAAGUGGCUUGCAGAGAAUCUUGAGGAGAUGGACCAGAGCAUCAAGCGCAUGUUGAAGCUUAUUGAAGAGGAUGGAGAUUCAUUUGCCAAAAAGGCUGAGAUGUAUUAUCAAAAGAGGCCUGAAUUGGUCUCUCAUGUUGAGAAGUUUUACCGUAUGUACCGGUCACUGGCUGAGCGUUACGAUCAUGUGACAGGAGAAUUACGGAAGAAUGUUCCCUCAGAGCUCCAAUCCCCAGGCUCAGGCAUUUCUGACCUUGGAUUGGAACUGCCCUUUACUCCUGAUCUUAGGUUGAGUCGUCGUAAAUCUAGCAGCCGAGCUGCUGGUUUUGAUGUCUUCCUUGGCUCUGGUGGAAACAGCUCUGAUAUUUACCAGAAAGAGGGAGAUGAAUCAUCCACAUUGACGGAUUCUGAGCCAGAGUCUGAUGAUUCUUCAGUCAACAAUUACUCAGUUCUAUUAGGGAACGGUGGUGAUCAAGGACUGAACAGGAAGAUGAUUGACUUGGAGAUUGAGCUCCGUGAAGUGAAAGAGAAGCUCCAGAUGCAACAGGAGGAGAAUUCAGAUGGUUCAUUGAAAGGAGCGAAAAAUGAAAUUCCUGAAGAUCUCCUUUCUAGAAUUGCACGAUAUGAACAAGAGCUGAGGAUUGCAAAUGAAAAGAUUUUCCUUUCAGAAGAAGAGAUCACUAGGCUUAAGAUUGAGAUCCAAAGAUAUAAGGCGUCGGAAUUUGGUAAUGAUUUCCAGUAUGAGCUGGGAUCAUCAACACAGGAAGAUGUCAAGACACGAGAGGCUGAGCUGGACUUGGAGAUAAAUCAGGCAUUGGAGGUUCAAGAAAGGGUUGGGGAGUCAGAAGCAGAAGUUCUAGACUGGGAUGGCAAGAUUAAAGCACUGGUGGAAGAGCUGAAAAUCAACAAAGAAAAGCUUCAGGACUCGGAGAAAGAAAUUGCUUGUUUGAAGCAUGAACUUGAGAACAGUAAAUCUGAAAUCGCCAGCCGUUCGCAGGCUCAGCUUGAACUGGCUCAUAAAGAAAUUGCUACUUGGAAAACAAAACUCAACACAGAGAAAAGAGAGGUCUCUAAGCUGCAGGAAAGAAUUGCAAGGUUGAAAGCUAGUUUAUCAGACCGGGAUCACGAGGUCAGGGAUUUGAAAAUAGAAGUAUCGGAUGCUGAGCAGAAGAUAUUUCCUGAAAAAGCACAGUUAAAGUCCGAAAUGUUUAAAUUGUUGGAGGGACGGACUCGUCUGGAGGAGCAGCUCAGAGAAUGGGAAUGUCGUGCUCGUUUGCUGGAGGAGGAGAUCAGAAAGGUCAAGGCUGAAAAGACAGAUAUAGAGGAGAGACUUACUGGUGAAAUUGAGCACUUGAAGGCAGACAUUGUUGAUAGUGGUGAUCGUAUAGAAAACUUGAAUAAAAGUCUUGAUGCUUUAAAAGUAGAUAGAGAUGAACUCAAUGCAAAAGUUCUCACACUCACAGCAGAGGUCAGUCAUAGGGAUGAUCAGAUUGACCAAAUGGAUAAGCAUCUGCAGCAAUUAGACGUCGAACAUGCAGAGCUGAUCACUGGAACGGACGGUGCACGUAAAUUGGUGGAGGAGCUGAGAUCAAGUGCCAAAGAACUGGAGGAGGAAGUUGAGAGACAAAGAGUUGUCAUCUUGGAAGGAGCAGAAGAGAAACGAGAGGCUAUAAGGCAGCUGUGUUUUUCUCUUGAGCAUUAUAGGAAUGGGUAUCAUAUGCUUCGACAAGCUUUCAUAGAGCACAAGCGACUUCCAGUUUUGGCAUCGUAAGUUAAAUAUGUAAUGUGUUAUGAAUGCUACAACGAUACUACAGUUUUUAUUACAAAUUGGCGGGGUAGUUCAUAAUUUGUGAAAUGAUUAUGAACUAUCACAUCAAUUUGUGAGAAGGUUGUACCCGAGCAUAUUCGAGUGAGUGUUGUAUAUAUCCGCUUUGGUUUCUUUUGGCACUUGCCUAAUUUUUCUGGGUUUGGAAGUACCCAGGUCUUAUGAUGGACCAUGAUCUCAUGGUUCUAAUAGUUCUUCAGUUUAUGUGCUAUACAUGUAAUGCAGGAGUAACCCAUUUUUUGGGACAAUUCGAGUGGCUGAAAAUUCCACUGGCGGAUGUGGAGUUUGGUUUGAAUUCCAGUUUUGUUCUGAAUUACUCGAGGUUGAGUUAUGAUGUCUUUCGAUUUGUAAACGUUUUCUACCUCUUUAUUAAGAUAUAUAUAAUAUAAAAUACUCCAUUGUAACCA